ACGACGGUUCAAUUUAACCAUUCCAUCAGGCGACAAGUGUUUCUAGUUGUUUUUCAAUUUGAUAAACCUUGGGUUUCCCGAAUUUCUUCCCAGAAAUAAUUUUUGCUGAUCAUUACUGUCAAAAGGAAUCAGAAUCGGGACUCAUUGAGUUCUUAGGCCCGAGGGUGGAGUUUUAUCGGGUCAAUCUAGUUUCUCAUAAUCAAGGAUGUGGAUUUAGGCCUUGGUUUCCGUUUGAAAAGAGCAUUGUUAUGUGUAUUAAAUUGUCUGUUUUGCGUGCAAUCCCGUAAUUUUCUUUUUGAUUCGAAUGUGCGAAUUCAAUUCUACGGAGGCUUGAAGAACGGCUCUCUGGCUCUCUCAGAUAUGAUCUGGGUCGCUGGGAUGACUUCUUGGCUUAUCGGAUUCUCAGGUGGGCUGGAUCGUUCCAACUUGAAUAUGAGCAAUUCAUACCCUGAAGAUCACGAAAAUGUAACUGUUGCCGGAUUUGAAGUGCCGAAGUCUCCUGAUUCCAGUUACAACAACGUGUAUCCUGGAAAUGAAGACGAGGCUCGUGAUCCACCCCCGGUUCCUUCGCAUUUGCAGCAUACCUUGCUCCGUUAUCCUGCUAGCAGAAGCAAUUGGGGGACUCUUCCACUGCCUUAUAACGUGAUUCUCAACCAUCUUUAUAUUGAGAACAGAGAGGCUCCAAGAUCUGUGGUGGCAUUAGGAUUUACUCAUCGCUUUCGAUCAAAAUAUGUUACUGUGGUGCUUUACGAACCAGUCCAAAGAGGCAGUAGUACAAACAUAGUAGGCGUCGUGCUGCCGUCAUGAUCGUUGCUCGUGAACCAGCUACCAUCCUGAUCUUCUUCGACCUGCGUUUUUCCUUUGACCUGCAUUCUUUGACCUACGUUAAGGCUUUUGCCUUUUCCGAUCUCAUUUGGUUGUCGUAAAAUCGAGAGGGCUCAGGCCAGGGCUUCCAAGAGCGGCAAGCAAGGCAAGAGCGAUGGGUCGACUCCUCAGCAACGCAGAGGAAGAGAUGCAAAGGCACUACAGGAGAAGGAUAGAGUUCAGGAAGAUGAAGACCUUGAAAGGGAUGAUGGUGUUUCUCCCGAUGAUGUCCUUGAUGAUGUUUAAGUGAAGGCAUUAAAUAAAGUCUGAUUUCACUAUCUGUGGAGAUAGAUUAUCAAACCGGAGAGUUGGUCUGAUUUCAACAAUCUAGAUGGGUUUGACUGGGUAGAGUGGAACUCAAAAAACUGAUCUGAGAUGGAAUGUUAACAAGGCUGUCCCUUGGUGUGUUAUUUUUGCUUGCUUUUACUGGCAUUUGUGGAUUACACGCUGCUCAUGUAUGUUCUGUUAUGAUAAUCGAACUUUGAAAACUAUCAAUGAGAA